AUGGCUCGUGGUGCACCUGCUGCGGAACCCUCGGACUUCGAGAAGCAGCGUUUAGCCAACAUCGCGGAGCGCGACGCCCUCCUCCAGAAACUCACGCAAGAAGCCCGAGCGGCAGGCUCUUUUCCGCCUCCCGCUUCCGUCAACGGCAAUGCGAACCAGAAGAAGCGACCCGCGAAACCAAAAGGCCCGCCCGCCAAAAAGGUGAAGAAGGAGGACAUCGAGCCCAGGCGUGUUAGCUCUAGAUUGAAGGGCAUUCAGGCUGAUAGCGAGGUGCAGCGGGCGAAAGAGGAGAAAGAAUAUGAGGAGCGUAGGAUAGUGGAGCAAAAGAAGCGCGAGCGGCAGACCGACGAGGUCUGGUUCGAAGGCAGCUUGCUUAUUGGGACCGACACAUUGCUCAAGGGCGUGGCGAGGCCGGGUGAGAGAACUUUCGAUGCAGACGAUGUCAAGGAGACUAGCGACAAGGAUGUCGCAAAGAUGAGGGAAAAUAUGGGCGCGUUGAAGUUGUGGGGCGAGUGGGAUCCCAACCGCAUCAAGCUGACGCCCGAAAGAAUAUACAGUAUGGCUCUGCAUCCAAUGGCUAGUAAACCAGUGGUGUUUGCGGGUGACAAGCUGGGUAACCUAGGCAUUAUUGAUGCAGGCCAGAAGAAUGGCACUGGAAGCGACACCGUGAAGAAAGAAAUCAAGAAUGAGGAAGAAGAGGAAGAGGAUGAAGACCCCGACCCAGUGAUCAGUGUCAUCAAGCCUCAUACGAGGACGAUCUCGGCAAUGUAUACGCACCCGAGCAAACCUCAAAAUCUAUUCACAGCAAGCUAUGACAGCUCAAUACGGUCCGUAGACCUGCAGAAAAGUGUGGCUGUGGAAAUAUAUGGGCCUGAAGCCAAAGAUACAGACGACCCAAUCAGUGGGGUUGACAUGGCUACAACAGAUCCGAAUGUGGUGUACUUCACGACCCUAAAUGGUGGAUUCGGCCAGUACGACACACGCACCAAGGCGAAGGAUGCAAAGACGUGGCAGUUGAGCGAGAAGAAGAUUGGAGGAUUCACACUGCACCCACUGGCACCGCACUUCGUCGCAACGGCAUCUUUGGACCGGACGAUGAAAUUAUGGGACCUGCGGAAGAUGGAGAAGGGCAUUCCGGUGCUGGUGGGUGAGCACGAGAGCAGAUUGAGCGUCUCCCACGCAGCUUUCAACUCUGCUGGGCAGGUGGCGACGAGUAGCUACGACGAUACGAUCAAGAUCCACAGCUUUGGUCUCGGGAGGCAGUCGAAGAAGGGCAACGCUGCAUUGGAAAGCAUGACCACGUGGAAAGCAGGGCAUCAAAUCGGUGAGGAUGUCAUGAAGCCUGAAGUCGUAGUCAGGCAUAACAAUCAGACUGGGCGUUGGGUCACAAUCCUGCGACCUCAAUGGCAGCGAAGCCCUAAGAAUGGACUUCAAAAGCUGGUGAUUGGAAAUAUGAACCGCUUCGUCGACGUUUACGCUGCAGACGGCACGCAGCUGGCACAAUUGGGUGAUGAUUUGGGCGAGAACCGGAUCACAGCCGUGCCAGCUGUUGCAGUCUUCCACGAAUCUCAGGAUUGGAUUGCAGCAGGGACCGCAAGCGGCAAGUUGUGUCUUUGGAUGUAG